GGCCUACUGCGCUUUACGCGAGAAUUGUCGUGGUUCUGCCUCAGAUCUCGCCCAAUUGAUCUCGUCGUUUGCCAUUGCAGCUGUAGUACAGUCAGGGUAUGGCAGCGGGGGAGGAAAGCGGUGGUCGGCUGCGACUGCGUCAAUGGCUCAACCAGAGCCUGCGGGUGGAGAUGAGUGAUGGCCGCACCCUGGUGGGCAGCUUCCUCUGCACCGACCGAGACCAGAACAUCAUCCUCGGCUCCUGCUCCGAGUACCUGCAGCCAGACAGCAGCGGCAGCACUGUGGAACCACGCAUUCUAGGUCUGGCAAUGGUCCCCGGCCAGCACAUCAUCUCGGUGCAUGUGGACGAACAGUGCAGUGGCUAAAUGGAACUAU